AUGAUGAUCGCCACAAAAUGUCCAAGCCGUCAAUCCCAUUCUGAUUACUACAGUGUAGCAUCAUCAUGCUCAUCCUCUUGUUCCGAAGACGAAUCCGCUGUUCCUUCAUUCUUCGAACAAGAUCUUAAACCUCUCGUCGAUGCAUCCGCAGAAUCAGAAGAUCUCUCUUCACUUCCAGUUGGAGUUUGCCCUCAUUGCCUUCAAAUUUUCGAACAGCCAAUCAGUCUUCAAUGUGGACACUCAUUAUGCCUAAUAUGUUGCAAUCAACUACUCUUCUCUGCUCCUCCAGUCACAACAUCUCAUCUGAAUCGUCAACGUCCUCGAAUGGGAAUCAGUCAUCGUGCCCCAUCAACCCUCCCCGGAUCGAAUGGAAUCGUUAUGUAUCGUACUCCAAAGUGCCCUGUCUGUCGUUCACCGCCAUCUCGUGCUGGCCCUGUUCCGAACCUUGCCCUCGAUCAUCUGCUCAGAAAUAUGAGAACUUUUCGAUGGAAUCAAAUUGAGAAGGAUGUGAGUACUCGUGGAUCCAGGAAGUGGGAUGACGGACCAAUCCAAGACUGUCGAAUCGCUGUACUCGGGUCUGCUAAAGUCGGAAAGACAUGCUUCACAAUGGUCCAAAAUGGGAAUGAAGUGAUGUUCCCAGAUAUGCACAAUGAAUCAGAAGAUGCCGAUGCAUAUAUGGUUGAGAUUGUUGAUGGAAUGACAAUUGAGAGAGCAUGUGUCGCAUCGAAUGGUAUUAUUAUCAUGUAUUCGGUUGUUGACAGACAAUCCUUCUAUCAUGCCGCUGAGAUCUUCAAGAAAUUGGAACAGAGUAGAGAGCAUAAUCAACCAAUCGUACUUGUUGGAUCGAAGAAAGAUAUGAGAGGAAAGAGAGUUGUCACUUCGUUCGAGGGUCAACAACUGGCGAGAAAUUUGGGAGUUCCGUUCAUGGAAGUGUCCUCGAAAUACAACGAUUGUGUGUUCGAUACGUUUGAAGAGCUGGUUUCGUUGAUUCAGAAACAGAAUAAUGCAUUCAAGAAUGUUGUAAAACAGAUACUUGUUUAA